AUGAACCGUUAACUGCGAUUCUGUUCACGACUUCGUUUGCAGUAAACGAAUCAACUAUUACAGUGUUUUUCAUCCUUGUUUUUUUAAAUAGGAGCUACGCAGCGCAGCUGGAGCCUCGCGGCGCUGCAGCGCUUCCAGCUGCCCCCUCCCGCGACCGAGACGGACCGCUGGCCGGGGGCGAAGCUGGUCGCUCACCUGGUGAAGGCGAAGUACAUCAGGCUGACGACGGUGAAGGAAUUGCGUUAUGGUUUUUGCGAGUCUGCAACUCUGCCGAAGAUGUUUGGCUCUGCAGAUGAGAAGUCUUUCAUCGGGGCUGCGCAGCACAAGGGCCGGGCAGACCCCAGUUCUACAGGACAGUGCCUUCAGCUCUGGGCGGUGGAGGUUCAGAGGUCAUAGGCUCUGUACCACAGCGCAGCCCAACAGCGGGAACGAGGCUGUAGCAGGUUCCGUGGGAAACUGGUUGGUUCCUUUUAACCACAGUCACCACCAGGGAGAAGUGAAGCCGAAUUCAAUCCCCGAGAGUCAGUGCGCGGAACUGGAGGCGGCCCCGCCCCUGUCUCCGUUCGCGGAGCUGAGCGAGGACGACGCCGUGCAGAUCAGUGUGCACCCGGUACUGCCGGCGGUGUCCGUCACGCUGAGGGACUAUGUGGACCAAUCUGAGACGCUCAGCAAACUUGUUCUCCUGGGUGUUGACCUUUCCAAACUGGAGCAGCGCCCGAAUGUCGCGAACAUGCUGCUGCGCUUGGAUUUCGACGCCGAUGUGAAGGAAAGGCUGCUGUUUCUCAAAGAAGUGGGCGUGGAGGAAACAAAACUCGGGCCCUUCCUCACAAAGAACCCCUUCAUCCUCACAGAGAGCAUGGAAAAGCUGCAGGCGAGGGUAUCAUACCUGAAGGUCAAGAAGUUCAGCAGCGAAGCAAUUGCUAGAAUGGUGUCUGAGGCGCCUUUUCUGUUGAACUUCAGUGUGGAAAGGUUGGACAACAGGUUGGGCUUCUUCCAGAAACAGCUUGGGCUGAACGUGCAGAAGACACGGGAUCUUGUAACCCGUCUUCCACGGUUAUUGUGUGGGAGUUUGGAGCCAGUGAAAGAAAACCUCAAAGUGUGCAAAAUCGAGUUGGGGUUUCAGGAAAAUGAAAUUCAACACAUUGUUACCAGAGUUCCGAAGCUUUUAACAGCUAACAAGAAGAAACUUACAGGAAUCUUUGACUACCUACAUAACACAAUGGGAAUUCCUCAUUCGCUGAUUGUCAAAUUCCCUCAGGUUUUUAACGCUAAACUGCUGAGAAUCAAAGAGAGACAUUUGUUCCUGAAACAGCUGGGCAGAGCCCAGUAUGAUCCUGCUGAACCCAACUAUGUCUCAUUGGACAGGCUGGUCUCUCUCCCUGAUGAGGAGUUCUGCACAGCGGUUGCCAUGGCAUCACUGGAGGACUUUGAAAUGUUUCAAAAGACACUUUAACUGCAAAAUACUUUUUUUAUUUAGCCGUCCUUCCCUUCUUUCACAUCCAGUUACACUCAUCUAGGUAUAUGUCUUCACAUGAGAAAGGCUACAGAUUAGAGGAGAUCAUAUGGCCCAUGGUGCUUGUCUGGCUACUAGUAGUGCCAUGUUCCAGGAUAUUAUAUGCAUCUGUCUUUUCUCACAAUCUGGCUUCAGUGGAGGAGGUGAAGCUUGGGAGUUCAUAUUAGACUCCAACAAUCCAUCUAUUUUCUAAGCAUCCAAUACAGCAAUACAGCCUAGACCAACAAGCAGCAGGCAUGAGGCAGGAUAAACCCUGGAUGCUAGCCUAUCACAGGGUACACACACGUACAGACACACUUGCACCAUAGCCAGUUUUAGCCAGAAGCCAAUUAACCUAGGGUACCAAUAUGUCUUCACAAAUGGAAAGUAGGUUUUAGGCUAUUCAACACUAUUCAAGACCAAAAACGAGGAGACAAUGUUUUACACAGAGGAUCCCCACAAUCCUUUAAAUAACAUACCAAAAAUCAGAAAUGUUUAUUACAAUGAACUUUCACAAAAAUAAUAGAAACCCCUAACCAUUUUUUGAUGUCUCUAGUUUUUGUGUCAUGUUUCUUUACUCAGUUGUAUAUUUUUUUUUUGUGGUUGAGUUUAUUCUAUGCUGAUUUGCAAUUAAAAGAUAAACAUCUGUGUAAAA